GAACAAAGCAGAGAUGUUAAACAUCGUCUUCUCCGCCCCCUUGUCCCAUUCUUCUCCUCUCUAAUCCAAAUACAGGUUAGAUAUAGAUAUACGGCAUAUAUAUAUAUAUAUAUAGCAAAUUGGACACUGUAUGUAACGACCAGUUAGGUUGUUGUUACUUGUUAGUUACCUACAUUCUUCAUUAAAAAAAAAAAUAAUAAAUAGAUAAAUAAGCUCUCAACUGUGUAAUUUAUUUUAAUAAUUUCGAAUUUAACUGCUCAAGACUUCCCAUCAAGAAAUAAAGAGAGAAUAUGUUCUCUCUGCAUUUCAACAUCACACCAUUACUUUCCUCCACUUCCUUGUUCUUCUUCUCCUCCAUUUGAAUCUCUCGUUCUUGAUCUUGCCGUCCACCGACAAUGUCGCUCACCGCUAGCCCACCAGCCGUCCGAUCCUUCUGUCACCGCUCACCAACACCGACUAGGGGUGUUCCACGGUUGAGGAUGGCCGUCCGAUCUAACGUCGUGUCCAUCGUCCCCACCAUGUUGACCAAAUUGCAGAACGACUGUGCCACUCCUCUGCCCGUCCUGCGCCACGUGGCCGACGCCAUGGCCGCCGAUAUGCGUGCCGGCCUCGCCGUCGACGGUGGCAGUGAUCUCAAGAUGAUUCUCAGCUAUGUUGACAGCUUGCCAACUGGGAAUGAGAAAGGGUUGUUUUAUGCAUUGGAUCUUGGGGGAACGAAUUUUCGGGUUCUUAGAGUGCAAUUAGGAGGGAAGGAUGAGCGCGAGGUGGCAACUGAAUUCGAGCAGGUUUCUAUCCCGCAAGAGCUGAUGUUUGGUACCUCCGAGGAGCUUUUUGAUUUUAUUGCCUCUGGGCUAGCAAAAUUUGCACAAAAGGAGGGUGGAAAAUUUCACUUGCCACAUGGAAGGAAGAGGGAGAUUGGAUUCACAUUCUCUUUCCCCGUUAAGCAGACCUCUAUUGAUUCUGGCAUUUUGAUCAAGUGGACAAAGGGUUUUGCAGUCUCGGGAACGGCCGGAAAAGAUGUAGUAGCUUGUUUGAAUGAAGCUAUGGAAAGGCUGGGAACGGAUAUGCAGGUGUCUGCCCUGGUUAAUGAUACAGUGGGAACACUAGCCGGAGCAAGAUACUGGGAUGAUGAUGUCAUGGUUGCUGUCAUUCUGGGAACCGGAACCAAUGCAUGCUAUGUAGAACGAAUUGAUGCUAUUCCUAAACUACAGGGCCAGACUUCUACAUCUGGAAGAACGAUUAUCAAUACGGAGUGGGGAGCGUUCUCAAAUGGUCUUCCUUUAACUGAGUUUGAUAGGGACAUGGAUGCUGAGAGUAUUAAUCCUGGUGAGCAGAUAUUUGAGAAGACAAUAUCUGGAAUGUACCUCGGCGAAAUUGUAAGACGAGUUCUACUCAAGAUGGCUAAAGUAGGUGCUUUAUUUGGCGAAUCUGUUCUAGAAAAGUUAUCCACACCAUUUGUGCUCAGGACUCCAGAUAUAUGUGCUAUGCAGCAGGACAAUUCCCAUGAUCUUGAAGCUGUUGGAUCGAUUUUAUAUAAUGUAGCUGGGGUGGAGUCCAAUUUAAGCGCGAGGAAGAUGGUCUUAGAGGUUUGUGACACUAUUGCAAAGAGGGGUGGGCGCUUAGCCGGUGCAGGAAUUGUAGGGAUACUCCAGAAGAUGGAGGAGGAUUCGAAAGGCCUCAUAUUUGGGAAGAGGACAGUAGUAGCCAUGGAUGGAGGCUUGUAUGAGCAUUACCCCCAGUACAGAAGAUACCUCCGAGAGGCAGUCACGGAGAUUCUAGGAUUGGAAAUUUCAAAGAAUGUAGUCAUAGAACAUUCGAAAGACGGGUCUGGGAUUGGGGCUGCUCUCUUGGCUGCCAGGAACUCCAAUUAUCCACACGAUUUCUAGUGCACGCAGGAUGCUGGCCUGAUUACCAAUAAGGUAUAUUGUAUUUCCUCCCAAUUAUAUAUCUAAUUGAAGGAUAAGGGUUUGGAAUUUGUAAUGCUGUUGUAAUUCAGAAUGAGUGCAUUAAGAAUAAAAAAAAAAGCAGCAGCAAGCAAACAGUGUCAGUUUAGGAAACCAUUUCGAAGUUUUGUAGUUUAGCAUCAGUUUGAAGACUUUGUAAGGGUGAUAAUGGAUAUCAUCUUCUCUAUGCACUGUAAGAACUUUGUGAUUGUGUUAUGUUAUAUAAUGAAUUGUCUCAA